AUGGUAUCUCAGAAGAAGAACAUAAUAGUGCAGUUAGUUACCACUAUAACCCUACAUAUUUACGUCAUAUAUAAGAAACUGUCCAAUAGCAAGGCGAAGUCUAUGCAGUCGCGUGGCGAUCUGCAACUGGAUUUUCUGGAACAGUGUGCAAUCGGAGAUGAGCAGAAAGUGAGAAACAUGCUUAAUGCGCACCUAGUUGAUGUCAAUUACCAACAUCCGAUUAAUGGUUGGACAGCAUUACACUGGGGAGCUCGUCGCGGUUACGAAAGGAUUUGUCAUCUUCUGUUAAGCUCUGGAUUCAGUAGAGAGAUCAAGGAUAAGAGCGGCAGGACGCCUUGGGACGUUUGCUCUAAAGAUAAUCUAACGCUGAGAGAAAUUCUUCGACCAGAAUUGGAGACGUUUGAAGAGGAAUUUUACGAAAUAAUGCCUUCGGCUGGCAAUAGGAGACGCUCAUCGGAAGCUGGAGCCGAGAAAGAAAAAUUUGUGCCGAACUACAUUCGAAAUCCUCCCUUUCCGUAUGUUACCAAAGCAUCCUCAUUCGAUUAUGGAACGAAAACACCUCCCUCACCCACAACACCUAACGGCUACUUCUCUUACGGACGACGAGAUUCCGUGAAUAGGACUCGAUUUCUUCUCGUCAGGACAUGUUGUACGAAUGGAAAGCAGGCUUUCAAACGAGUCACUUUGCCUGGAGGUUCAUCUUUAGAACAAUUAAAGAAAACUCUUGAGAAAUCCAUGCGUCGAGGGCGAGUGGAAGCGAUAAUGACUCUUCCCGACAGAGUGCUCGUUGAAGAAGAUUCGCAAAUUGCUCAAUUUUCCGAUUGUCAAAGAGUGGAGGUCAUUUAUGAUGACAAUGAGGACGCAGCGGCAAGUGAGCAGCCGGUCAAUACAAGGCCAACACCCAAGCGAAGCAUGGAAAAAGAAACCGAAGAAGUAAAGCCUCAAGAGCAUUCAAGCCCCGCACCAGAAGCUGUUGCUACUGCUGGUGGUGGUGGUGGUGGUGGAGACGACAAUUUCCCCAUCACUUUAGUGGAACAAUUUCCACGCGAUCAACCGGAUUCUAGUAACGCUGCGCAGGACGAUAGCUUGUCCCUCGAAGGCAGUAUCCCGCUAGAACCAGUUCCAAGCAUGGAUGUAACGCCUGUAGAGACUGAAGAAAAUAAUGAAGUUCAAAGUGAGGUGGAAUCUGCUCACAAAAUCUCAUUCCGGAAAAGUAUCGAUUCUGAUCCCGGAGACUUUGUUAAGAUCGAAAAAGCAGAUAAUGGCAGUUCUGACGUUGCUGCUGUCGAAAUCAAGCAACCAUCGCCUCCAAUUAUAGUUUCAUCAAGCAGUACGGACGAGGAAAAGAAAGAGCCAGAAAUUCUGAAGCCUGCGGAAGAAGUGCAGGAGAAACGGGAGGAAAAAGAGGAGAAAAAACCUGAACCGCCUAAACCACAGGAAACCAAGGAGAGAAAAGCAGGAGAAAAGGCUAAAGACAAGUCACCGACUCAUUCCCUAUUGACAUGGAUCCAUGAAAAUCCGAUCAUGGCACGUUGCUGUGCUGCUACGGCAGCAGUUGUGGGCGUGGCCGGAAUUGGCUGCUUCGUGUAUGCGAGGAGGAUCCGUUCCGGUGGUGUUUAA